GUGUGUGUACAUGAAGGUCACGCAACACAGUGAAACAGGUCCUGGAGUAGAUCAAGGUCCAUGACCAAAAUUGUGACGUGUAUGCUGCGCCCAUGCAAAGGAGUUGGUGUUGAAGGUGUUUACUUAAUUUUUAUCCGACUCUGUGUUUGAUUUUCAGCGCAUUGCGAAAACCCUGUUGAGCCAUGUCAUGGGAGAGCAUUGCCUCAAAGGAUCUGCUCAGUAUUCCACCCAGUCACAACUUGUCGGCCACACAUCUGUUAGCCUCGCCCGAUGGCUCGCGUUAUCUGUUGGAAAACUCAAAUGACUUGUGCCAGUUGGAUGAAAGCUACUCGAGGAUUGCGGGAUAUGGUUCCGAUGGAGGAGCUCGUUCCCCUUGGGUGCGUCAAGGACUCUUGCGACCUGGGCAUGGUAGCACGGUGAUUAGCUGUUUCCUGGCUUGCCAACGAAGUCUGCGUCAGUACAUAGCAAAGCGAAAGAUCGAGCGCGGAUUGCGACUGUAUGAGCAGCAUAAUCAAACUGCGGCAGUCCGAACAUGGCGAAGCGCGUUGAAGGGCGUGGCCAUGUCUUGUCGGCGAGAGGACUGUUUCCAGCUGCUGGGCUACCUCUACCAAGCUCACAUGGACUGGGGAAAAUUUCGGGAAGCUAUUGAAUUUGGCCACCAGCAGCUAGGAAUAUCGGAGGAGGUUGAUUCGCCAAAUAUGCGAGCGGAAACAUACUUGAACUUAAGCCGCGCUCAUGCCAGUCUUGGUGGUCUGGAGCGGGCUUUAAGCUACGCUCGACACUCGCUUUAUAACGAGUGCGGCACCAAAUGCCGUAGUGGGCUUGUUCAUCUGACAGUAGCCCGUGUUUACCUCGAAAUGGGCGGAUUUUCUCGAGCAUUGGAGGGACUACAAGGUGCUCAUAAAAUAGCAAUAGCUAUAGGGGACCCAUCGCUUGAGUUGCAGGUCUAUGUAGCUCUCUCUGAGCUUUUUGGUCGUCUCCAGGAUAACGAUAAGAGCGCCACCUAUGCAUCUAAGGCAUAUGAUUUGUCAAGGUCCUUACAGCUGGGGGAUUUAAAUUCAUGCCACCAUCGUGCUGCCCUACUUCGGAUGGCUGCAUCCUUACGCAAGCAAGGUGAACUCGGAGAUGCUCACGACUACUGCAAGGAGGCUACCCGACUCUCGCUCAUAUCCGGAGAUCAAGCAACAUAUACGCGCAGCAUUCGAAUCAUGGGUGAUAUAUACCGCAAGAAGAUGGACAUAGAUCGAGCGUUUCGGCAGUAUGAGCAGGCUAUGGGCACAUCGGCUAGUCUGGGCGAUCGCAUGUCUCAGAUGGAAGCUAUGGAUGGGGCCGCUCGCUGCCUGGAAACAUUGCGUCUACAAAACAAGAUUUGCAACUGUAGACCCUUGGAGUUCAACACUCGUCUCCUGGAAGUCGCCAGCUCCAUUGGAGCCAAGCUUCUGGUUCGUAAAAUACGUUGCCGAUUGGCUUUGAUCUACCGCGCACUGGGCGACGAGGAUCAAUACAACACGCACUCUCGCUUGGCCAAGCAAACAGAUGCAGCAUUGGGCCUCAACUGCGGGGGAUGUGGUGAGUUGUUUGGCAUGCAGCCUUCCAGCUUAGAAGCUCUGCCUUGUGCCCAUAUUUUACACGCCAGAUGCGCUCACGAAUUUCUCCGACGACGCGACAAAAACACACCUACCCGAUCCUGCCCUGCCUGCAAUAAGCUGCUAAACUCCCGGCUGCACCUGUGUGCAGGUGAAAACGAAAGUACUGAUGGAGGCAGCGCCACUACAGUCACUCUCAAUGCCUGUAAUGGAUUGUCUGUAGAUGGACUCUUAGCACUAAAUGGAGAUACUCUGCUGCCGCUUCCAGUACAGGCGCGUGCCAUCAAGGAGUCCAUGGAACUGGGGUCUGUCUCGGGGGUGGGCGUGUUUUGUAACAAGUCCUUGCCCAAUAUUGAGAGCACAACACUCUUACUAUCCGGCACUGCUCCUCCAUCUCCAAAGGUGUACCACAGUAACUUGUCAUUAGCAUCGCUCAGCAUGCGCGCUUCUAGUCUCCUGACAAUCGACAGCGGCAGCGGACGGAAUGCCACGUCUUCUGUAUAAGUUGCCACAUAAUCAUUCUUUUUAAUUGUUUGCGCGUCAAAUGCUUGGAACAAUUGGACGCAGUAGCAGAGUUGUGAUUUUUUGAUCGAAGACAUAGAUAGCUGCAUAUUUAUGGAGGUAUUACAAUUUGGAGCAUUUAAAAUGCUACCACCACAUCCACACAUGCAAAGUUAACAAUAGCAGUAAAGGGGUAACGGCUGAGUGUAAGCCAUUUUCGAGUAGUUACAUACAUAUGUAUGUAUGUUACAUACAUAUGUAUGUAUGUACAUGCAUAUAUAAAUCUCUCGAAACUUUGAGCUCGUGGCUUGAAUUUAAAUCUGUAAUCUAUCUAUUAAUGACUAGAGUACCUUAUCCGGCGAAUAGUAGCGUAUCUCAGAUCCCAAAAAUGUUUAGAUAUAAAUUCGCAAAAA